AUGUCUGACAGUCGGUUGGAUAACAGGGAGGGUGUGACGUCACACUGGUCGGAUCCUACUACUCUUGGCUCCAGGGCCACCUUUCGCACCAGCACAACGCCUGCCGUGCUGCUUCUAACAAAACUCAGGCCUGAAGACAGUGGGCAGUACAGAUGUCGUGUGGAUUUCAUCAGAUCACCCACCAAGAAUACGAGAUUAAACCUCACUGUACUCAUACCACCGGAACGUUUAAUUAUUCUAAAUCAAGAAGGUGAUGAGAUCAAAGGCGGAGUACUCGGUCCAUAUGAUGAGGGGACUGAAGUCAAUCUAACAUGCGUUGCCGUUGGAGGUCGGCCUCCAGCGAGGGUGUCUUGGUGGAAGUCACACGCACUCCUGGCUAAUUCAGAGGCAAGAGCCGCUGUUACAUUCACGCUACAGAGGUCUGAUUAUGGAACCGAUAUCACGUGUCAGGCUGUUACUGACCCGACCAUAACACCGCUCUCCGAGAAUGUGUCAAUCGACGUGAAUUUACGACCUCUAUGGAGAAACAAUUUCAUCUGA